AUGGCACAACGGACGUGGCAUAUGUUUACGGUGAUAACUUUAAUAUUUACAGUUUUAUCUAUCGUUGGAGAUGUUUUAUCUCAGUCGGCAGCACCUUGGUACGAGAAUAUGCCGGCUGUUACGAUGGACUACAAAGUACACAUAGAUGCAGGCAAAGAAGACUGUUACUAUCAAUAUGUCCCGUCGGGUGCUACAUUUUAUGCCAGUUAUCAGGUGUUGAAAGGCGGCGACGGAAUGUGCGGUUUUGCGGUGCGGCACCCUAACGGUCAAAUAGUACACCCAUACGAGUGGCGACAGAGCGCGGAGUACGCCGACCAAUCCUCUUCAGGAGGAUAUUAUGCAGUGUGCAUUGAUAACCAGUUCUCAAGAUUUGCUGGGAAACUAGUCAAUUUGUAUCUGUCGGUGAUUAGAUACGACAUGUGGGAGAAGUAUGCAAAGGAAGUAGAGGAAUUGGACAUGAAUAUUAAGAAUUUUACUAACUCCAUCCAGUUUGUGGAAAGGAACAUCAAUGACAUCCUGCAGUACCAGUACCACUCCCGGGCAAGAGAGUCCAGGGACUACAACCUGUUGCAGGACAAUAAUGUUUAUGUGCUCAGAUGGUCUGUGAUACAAAUCCUAGCUAUAGCAGCCACGGCUACGCUACAAGUAUACUUUGUGAGGAAACUGUUUGAAGUGAAGGAGAAUUCAUCUAAGACAAGAAUAUGA